GCAGCAAAGCAUUCUCCCUCCCUCCCUCCCUCCCUCCCUCCCACACAUACAUACAUACAUACACACCAAGCUCCUCUGCUGGCAGUGGCACGACACCUAUAUAUGCGCGUAUCCUACACCGCCCCCUCGCCCGGAAGCGUUCCCGUCUCGGCGCUAGCGGGCAAGCAAGCAGGCAGGCAGGCAAACCCACGGCGCCGGUGCCACGCGGACACCGAGAGAAGAAGCGUUUGGCUCGUCACUUUCCUAUAGAUACAGAAGCAGAGGGAGAGAGACGCCAUUGAUGCUGUAGCAGCACAAGGACGGGCCCAAGAGAGAAGGGGGGAAGCAUGGAGGUGCUCGCCGGAGGAGGCCGCGGCGGCCUCCUGCAUGCGGUUCUUCUUGCGGGUGCGGCCCUUGUUGCAUUGACGGGCGGCGCGGAGGCGUGGGCGCACCACGGCGCCGCCGGUGCAAGGGCCGGCGCGGAGCGGCGGUACAGGGAUCUCGCGGCGGGCAGGAUGGAGAGCGUCAGAUCCUCCUUCGGCAAGGCCAGGAGGGGGCUUGCAACGUCCUCGGCGGGCUCGCGGGUGUACCACGUGACGGACUACGGCGCCGACCCCACCGGCGCCGCAGACGCCACGGCGGCCAUCAAGAAGGCCAUCGCCGACGCCUUCAGCCCCCCCUCCAACGCCACCAUGACCGCCGGCAUCCCCGACCUCGGCGGCGCCGAGAUCCACCUCGACGGCGGCACCUACCUCGUCAACGGCCCCCUCACCCUGCCGGCCUCCGGCGGCGGCAACUUCAAGAUCCACAGCGGCUCGCUGCGGGCGUCGGCGGAGUUCCCGACGGACCGGUACCUGAUCGAGCUCUCGGCGGGCUCGUCGGCGGCCUCCUCCUCAUCGAGCUACCACUACGAGUACGUGACGCUGCGGGACCUGAUGCUGGACUGCGGCUACCGGGGCGGCGGCGUGGCGGUGGUGGACUCGCUGCGCGUCGGCGUCGACAACUGCUACAUCACCGGCUUCGAGACGGAGGGCAUCGCGGUGCGCGGCGGCCACGAGACGUACAUCCGCAACACCUUCCUGGGCCAGCACAUGACCGCCGGCACCGACCCGGGGGAGCGCUCCUUCGGCGGCACGGCCAUCCGGCUCGACGGCAACGACAACUCCGUCUCCGACGUGGUGGUCUUCUCCGCGGCCACCGGGAUCAUGGUCACCGGCGGCGCCAACACCAUCUCCGGCGUGCACUGCUACAACAAGGCCACCGGGUUCGGCGGCACCGGCAUCCACCUCAAGGUGCCGGGGCUCACGCAGACGUGGCUCAGCAACUGCUACAUGGACUACACCAGCAUCGUGGCCGAGGACCCCGUGCUGCUGCACGUGUCGGGCUCCUUCUUCCUCGGCGACGCCAACGUGGUGCUCAAGGCGGUCACCGGCGUGGCACGCGGCGUACAGAUCACCGGCAACAUGUUCAACGGGCGGGGCAAGGGCGUGGACAUCGUGCAGCUGGACGGCGCGUUCGGGACGGUGGAGCAGGUCUACGUGCAGCAGAACUCCGCCAUGGGGAUGAACCUCAAGGCCACCACGGCGCGCGGCUCCGCCGAGGGCAACGGCAGCUCCUGGACCGUGGACUUCGCGCCGGUGCUGCUCUUCCCGGACCGGAUCGGGCACGUGCAGUACUCGCUCGUCGCCGGCGACGCGUUCCCCGGGCACACGCUCAGGAACAUCUCCGGCAACCAGGUCGUCGUGGCCACCGACAAGGCCGUGUCCGCCACCGUGCACGUGCUCGUCGACCAGAACAGCAACUGAGCUGCUGGAAAUGGCGGCGCGUUCUUCGCCGCCGCUGCCUGCUCGCGCUGCGUGGUGCGUGCGAGCAUGGCGUCAUUCGUUCGUUCGUUCUUACUGAAAUGAGAUUUAUGGGUUGGACACCCGGAUCUGUCCGGAGAGGAUUUGAAGCUAGGUCGCGAUUUAUCGCGUCAAAUAUUGGCAGAGAGGAUACUACUACUGCUAUAUAGUUAUAGCGAUUGUUUGAGAAAGUGAUUCAGAAUGGAUCAUUUGGAGUUCA